UGUGUUGAGCAGUCCACCUUGGUCUAUCAAGGGAAUCAUGGCAGCUGAUGGAGGUAACAAGACACAAGUUCUUAAGGAGCAUGGAGAUGAAAAAUUUUCCAAAGAUGAACAAAAAGAGAGAUUAAUUCAUAAAAUUGUAAAGGAAAAUACUCAGUUAAAGGAGGAAAUCCAAAAGCUUGAAGCUGAGUUAAAAGAGGCCGCCAGAAACUUGCAGAUUAAAGUGGAUAUUCCCGCAAUACAUAUGAAAUUCACAUCCUCAGAGAAUCCUGAGAAGGACAGCCAGUUUUUUAACACCUCUUGUUUAUUUCCAGUGAGUUCCCAAGUUUUUUAUGAGCUACGAAGAGGACAAGCGCUUAUCACAUUUGAAAAAGAAGAAGUUGCCCAAAAUGUGAUCAGGAUGGGGAAACAUCAUGUGCAGAUAGAGGACUUAGAGGUGGAGGUGAUGGCCAACCCCGUUCCAUUAAACUCUGGAGUCAGAUUCCAGGUUCCCGUAGACGUGUCUAAAAUGAAGAUCAAUGUUACUGAAAUUCCUGAUGAGUUGCCUGAAAAUCAGAUGAGAGACAAGCUAGAACUGAGCUUCACUAAGUCCCGAAACGGAGGCGGACAAGUGGAGUGUGUGGAGUAUGACAAGCAGUCCCGGAGCGCCGUCAUCACAUUUGUGGAAAUGGGAGUUGCUGACAAGAUUUUGAAAAAGAAAGACUACCCUCUUUAUAUAAAUCAACACUGCCAUAGAGUCACUGUUUCUCCAUACAUAGAAACGCACUUGAGAAAUUUUCAGGUAUUUUCAGGAAUAUCUGAGAGGACAGUGCUUCUGACUGGAAUGGAAGACCUUCAGAUGAUGGAUGAAGAGAUUGUACAGGAUUUACUUAACAUUCACUUUCAACGGGAGAAGAAUGGAGGUGGAGAAGUAGAUGUAGUCAAAUGUUCUCUAGGUGAAGCCCACAUAGCAUACUUUGAAGAAGAGGCUCAUGGAAUCAUAUGAAAAUUAGAGCUACUGGGUCCAAAUCAUUAUCAGUGUUUGACAAAAAUGAGUAUCUGUUU